ACGCAACUCCGAGAGAGAAAGAGAAAGAGAAAGAGAAGAGAAGAGAGAGAGAGAGAGAGAGAGAGAGCAAAUUCCCAACCAACUAACAACGAAGUUUCUUUCAGAGAGAUUCAUUACCCUCCAAACCCUUCUUCUUCGUUCCCUCCAUCAAAACCCUAGAUUAUUCUUCUUCUCCUCCUUCUCUCUCUACCUCUCUCUCUCUCUUUCUCUCUCCACACAUUCUUCACAGUUCUAGCAUUUAAAGUCUGUCUCCCAGUGUGCGAAGCACCCCUGAGAAAAAUUGACACUCAGAUAAUGCUUCAAGAAGUCCAAAACUUCUCCAAGAGAGUCUGAAAUACCUUUUCCAAACUUGCUUUGAUAAGGAACAGAAAUUCACGGCAUCAUCUAAAUGCAAAAUGACAGAACAACCUCCAAAGACGAGUAAGAAAAUUUUGAAAAAUCAUGAGCCAAGAAAAGUGUCUUCAAGUCCGAAGGAUCAGCCUCCUAGGAAAAGUCAGAGAAAAGGGGAAAACCCUGUUCGAAUACCACCUGCUACAGAGCAGUCUCCGGAUUUUGUAUAUUCAAAUUCAUGGAUCUGUAAAAAUGCUGCAUGUAGAGCCGUUCUGUCUGUAGAAGACACAUUCUGCAAGAGAUGCUCUUGUUGCAUCUGUCACUUAUUUGAUGACAAUAAGGAUCCCAGUCUUUGGUUGGUAUGCACAUCUGAAUCUGGUAAUGGAGACUCCUGUGGUUUAUCGUGUCAUAUUGAGUGUGCACUCCAACGUGAAAAGGUGGGGGUUGUUGAUCUUGGGCAAUUGAUGCAGCUCGAUGGUAGUUAUUGCUGUGCAUCUUGCGGUAAAGUUUCAGGGAUACUUGGAUGUUGGAAGAAGCAACUGAGUAUAGCUAAGGAUGCUCGACGUGUUGAUGCCCUCUGUUAUAGGAUAUUCUUGAGUUACAGACUCCUCGAUGGGACUUCCAGGUUUCAAGAACUGCAUGACAUUGUUAGAGAUGCCAAGGCCAGAUUAGAAACGGAGGUGGGUCCAGUGAAUGGAGUCUCAGCCAAGAUGGCACGGGGCAUUGUCAGCAGACUUUCUAUUGCUGGUGAAAUCCAGAAACUCUGCUGUCUUGCAAUCGAGAAAGCAGAUGAAUGGCUGGCCACUGUUUCCAACACAAAUCCAAAUCACAGAGAGGGCUCUCUUCCUGCUGCUUGCAGAUUCCACUUCGAAGAAGUGACGUCUUCUUCAGUUGUAAUUGUUUUGAUAGAACUGCAGCCGGCAUCAAAUGACGAUAUUAAGGGAUACAAGCUCUGGUAUUGUAAGAGUAGAGAUGAGACACAUCCAAAAGAGCCCAUUUGUGUUUUUCCCAGAGCUCAAAGAAGGAUUUUGAUAUCCAAUCUGCAACCCUGCACAGAGUAUUCCUUUCGGAUAAUUUCUUACACAGAAGCUGGUGAUUUGGGACAUUCCGAGGCAAAGUGUUUUACCAAGAGUGUGGAGAUAAUUCACAAAGAUCCCAACUCAGCUCCCAUGAACUGCAAGAACGAGAAUCUGCAGAUCGAAGGAAGUUCCAAUGCCCAGAGGGAGCCUAAGACGACAACAGCCGUCGAAUCUUCAUCUGGGUUCAAGGUCCGAGACCUUGGGAAGAUCCUACGACUGGCGUGGGCUCAAGAACAAGGCUGUUUCGAGGGCUUUUCUGGCAUAGAUAUAGAAGAAUGUUGUCAAGUCAACAAUCCAGCUAAGCCUCUUGAAACUCCCAAAGAUCAAUUGCCGCCUGUUUCACGUGGGCUCGACUUAAACGUUGCUUCCGUGCCCGAUCUAAACGAAGAGCUAACCCCUCCUUUUGAAUCCUCUCGGGAUGAAGAUAAUGACGAUGCUGUUUCUCAUGAUAUCGAGAAGAAUCGAUCUCAUGGUAGCGGCGACUCCCAGAAUUGGACCCACAGGGCCAAUGGGGAAGUGCCAGAUGUUGACUCCGAGGGGAAACUGUGCAGGAAAAGGGCAGCGAGCACAAACGAAGAGACACACGACUGUGACAGCACUCUAAUAAACGGAUCACCAUUCAGAAUUGGCAAUGAGUCAGGGUGCUUGGAUGAGAAUUUCGAAUACUGUGUGAAGAUCAUUCGGUGGCUUGAAUGCGAAGGUCACAUCAAACUGGAAUUCAGGCUCAAAUUGUUGACGUGGUUUAGCUUGAGAUCGACAGAACAGGAACGAAGGGUUGUCAACACCUUCAUUCAAACGAUGAUUGACGAUCCAAGUAGCUUAGCGGCACAAUUGGUUGACUCAUUUUCCGAUAUCAUAUCUAGCAAGAGGCCACGAAAUGGCUUCUGUAGUAAACUGUGGCAUUGACUACCGACCAGGGGGCAAUCUGCAAAGACAGGAUUGCUCGUUAACUUUAAGUAUUUAUCUUAAAUUGAGACAAAUUACUGCUGAUUGUUUUGCCAGUUCUUUGUACAGGCAUUUCUUGAUCAUCAUCACCAUUGUUGGAAGUGAUUCAUUUGUAUUACGGAAAGAUUUCGAUUGGCGUUUGCGGAGACAAAUCCUGAUUUUCGCGGUGAUUCAGUUGCAGAUUUCGGAUUGUAGAAGGCAUUCAUCAUUUCUGAAAGUUUCCUAUUGAAUUUGAAGCAGUGAUAUUAUUGAUUUUCACCAUGGAUAAUUAGUCAUGGAUAUUAAAAAAGGCUGUAUUGCCUUUUUAAUUAUUUGGAGAAAGUUGGAUGAUUAAUGUUCUGCAUAGUUUCAUUUUUCUUCUGCUAUUGUCAUCAAAUUUUAGAUCAGCGUGGACUUGUUGAAUUCAAUAGGCUAUCUAUCUACAGUUUUUAUUUAUAUUUAUUUAUUUAUUUAAAUAUAUAUUUUCCCCUUU